AUCGACAACUUAAAAUUUUGAGCUUCGGAGUCCCUUCUAAAACUCGCACUACAUUACUAUUUGAAACCUUGAAGCGAGUCUCAUAUCUGUUCUUUGUCUGUUUACUCUUUGUUUUCAAGGAUUCCUUGGAACCAGCAAAAUGUCGGGUAACUGUGAGAAAAUGGUAGUCAUCCCUCCAACGACCAACCAAUGGCCACAGGUGGAUGAUCGGAAGGUCUUGAUGGGUUCCUUCGGUGGAAGUAACAAUAGUAAGGUAAUGGAAAAACCAGAUCAAGAGCUUGUGCAGCAGCAGCUGCAACAACAAACCCUCAAGUGCCCUCGUUGUGACUCAUCAAACACUAAAUUCUGCUACUACAACAAUUACAGUUUGUCUCAGCCACGACACUUCUGCAAAGCCUGCAAGCGCUACUGGACAAGAGGUGGAACCCUCAGGAACGUUCCUGUUGGUGGUGGGUGCAGAAAAAACAAGCGUGUUAAGCGUCCAAUGACAAACUCUUCUUCUGCUGCCAUUGACACUGCUUCUUCUUCUAAUUCUUCUUCUGCUCUCACCGCCGCUUCGCAACCACAGAUCGACACUGCUUCAACCUCGAAUCACAUCAACCCUUUGUUUUAUGGGUUGCCUAGUUGCUCCAGCGAUGUGAAUCUUCCGCUGUUCCCUAGGUUUGGCUCCAGAAUCUCCAGUUCCGGGUUUGAUCUUCAGCUGAAUAAUGCCCUUGGAUUAGGUUUUUCAUCCGGGGUUGUGUCCAAUGAACCUAGUGAGAAUAAUAGCUUUAGAAACGGGUUUGGUUCUAAUAACGCGCUUCUUUCAAGUUAUAAUUCCAUCUUUGGUUCUUCUUCAAGUUCUACAUCCACUGCUCCAGCUUUGUCUUCACUGUUGAGCUCUACUUUGCUUCAACAGAAGUUUAUCGGCAGUGGGUUGAAAGAUGGUGCUGAUAGCAACACUUUCCAGCAUGGCUUAGGCUUAACUCCACUAGAGCAGUUGCAAAUGCCGAGUGAUAACAGUGAGGCAGGGAUGGUGUCUUUAAAAGAUGUGAAAGUAGAAUUAGGACAAAACAGCAGGUUGGAGUGGAAUGGUGCUUGUCAAAACCAGAUCCAGCAUGUGGGCAUGUACGAUCCUUCGCUUUAUUGGAAUAAUUCAGCAACAGCUUUGGGUGUUUGGAACGAUCAAGCUGCGAAUAUCGGUUCUUAAGUCACUUCUCUGAUCUAGAAAAUACCAUCCAAAUCAAAUGAAGAAACAUGUUUUUCAAUGUUUGUCUCCCCCUACAUGUGUUGUUACUGCUACUUUUUUUCUUUUCUUUUUUCUUCUCUUGGGGCAAAUGGGUCUGGUUUACUUAAUUACAUAAAAAGUUACUGAACAAGGAGGGAAAGUGAUACUCAUAAGAAAAUGGGAAAGCUAAAGGUGAGAGGAAUUUGGAUCGGAGCGAUCAUGUCAGCUGCAUCCUGCAAAUAUAUAUAAUUACUCUUCAGCCAGUUAGUUUUUUACAUGUCAAGGUUAGGAAGAAAAAUUGCACAAAUUGCUCUGAGAGGAACCUCGGAUCCUCUUCUCUCAUCAUCUCACAGUUGCUGCCACCUCGUCAAGCAGUGUUCUCCAUAGUUGAGCAAUGCAAGUUGGUCUUUCAUUUUGUUAUAUGUAUAUACGCAAUGACAUCUAUUUUUUCUUAUUUUGUAUUGUAUUAAUUAGCUGUUGUAGUUAGGUUGGGUAGGGGAUUUACUGCGUGAUGCUGUCCUUGAAGAGAGGAAGUAGUAUUGGUUUCAAUUUUGUUAACUUUGAGAUGAUUUUUGUUUUGGAUAGGGAGAAUGGGAAUAUAUUGGAUACAUUUGGUAUAAUGUGGUAUAGAAGAGAGGGGGAUUAUUUACUUGGUUUUAGGUGAUUAAUGAUUUAAUGUAUGUGGGUGGUUUGGUGCUUA